AUGAAGCCAUCAAACACCCUCAUCCUCCUCUCAGCCCUGCUUUACAUCGACGCCAGCACGGAGUGGCCAACACACACUGUCUGCAAAGAGGACAAGCUGGAAAUACAUUACAAAAGCUGUGAUCCCCAGCAAGAUUUUGCUUUCAGCAUCGACCGUUGCUCCGACGUUGCAUCCCACACCUUUAACAUCAGAGCUGCCAUGGUCCUGAGACACAACAUCAAGGAGCUGUACGCCAAGAUUGACCUGCUCAUAAAUGGGAAGACUGUCUUAACCUACUCCGAGACACUUUGUGCACCAGGUCACAUCAAGCUGAUUUUCUGUGGCAAGAAGAAAGGAGAACACCUCUACUAUGAGGGACCAGUCACAUUGGGAAUCAAAGAAAUCCCCCAGGGGGAUUACACCAUCUCAGCCAAGCUGACCAACGAAGACCACGUCACCGUUGCCUGUGCUGAUUUCACUGUGAGAAAUGAUUUGGAUUAUUAUUAA